AUGCUUAAACAUCCAAUACCGGAACUGGAGUUCACGGCGCCAAUGGCAUCGCCAUCACCGGACCCGGACUCGCAAACACAGCUACUUCAGCCGAGUUGGCAGCCCCGGGAUUACAUACCCAUCAGCUCACUCGCGCACAACAGAUGCCACGAUACGUCUAAAGCCAUACUAAAUGUCGGAGGGGUCAGGCAUGUGGUGAUGUGGCGCAGUCUGGAGCGCUUACGGCACACCCGAUUAGGUCGGCUCCGGGCGUCCAAAGGGGUUGUCAGCGAACUGUGCGAUGACUACAACCCCACGGAUAAUGAGUACUAUUUCGAUAGGAAUAACAGCACUUUCGAGCCCAUACUAGCCCUCUAUCGCACCGACAGCCUACACAUGCCGGACGGUGUCUGUGCGCUCGCCUUUCGCAAUGAGUUGAACUACUGGGGCGUCAAUGAGGCCAUGAUCGCCGUGUGCUGUCAGCACAGGUACUACGAGCGAAAGGGUAGGGACGAGAAACUACUGGAGGAUAUACGCAGCGAUGAGAAGGACAUGGAUAAACAUACCGGCGCUGGUAACAGAUUGCUAGUAUACCAGAAAAAGCUACAUAAGAUAUUGGAGAUACCAAACAGCUCCCUGGCCGCCCGGGUAUUCACAGUGCUAUCGAUACUAUUCACUUUAAUGUCAAUUAUGGCGGUGACACUCAUGACAGUGGAUGGGCUCCGGGAUGUCGACACCUUCGCCAACCAUACGGUGAAUAACAUGAAACUGGUUAUACUGGAGGGGGUGUGUGUCGCGUGGUUUACGCUGGAGUACGGCCUGAGACUAAUAGCCGCACCACAUAAGUACCGGUUCCUGAAGGGGGCGCUCAAUGGUAUCGAUUUGGCGGCAAUUGUGGCCUAUUUAGCGGUACUGUUUGCGAGCGCCGGCGACACUCAGUGGACGAGUAUCGCGAAAAUACUGCUAAUCAUACGCUGCGUACGUAUACUACGGGUGCCGUCGAAGUUGGCCCGACACUCGCAAGGGCUACGGGUGCUCGGGCUCACCCUAACGCACAGUGGCCGCGAGUUAGGCCUACUGGCGCUGUCAUUGGCCAUCGCUAUCCUUAUAUUCUCGACGCUCGCCUAUUAUGCCGAGAAGGAUGUGCCGAACACCAGGUUUACAUCCAUUCCCACCACCUUCUGGUGGGCCUGUAUUACGAUGACUACUGUGGGCUAUGGAGAUGUAGUUCCCGUUACGGAGUUUGGCAAAGCCGUGGCUAUUGUGUGCUCGAUGUGCGGGGUUGUGGUGAUAGCCCUUCCCAUACCUAUUAUGGUCACGAAGUUUGCGGAGUUGCAUAAGAAUCAGUUGAGAAGGGAGAGGGCGAUAGAGCGCCGAGGACAGGUAGUAUUUAACGACACGGCCAUCGAUGAGUUGUAUAAUAAGAUCGAGUUUCUCGGAACCGGAAAGACAUUACCGGACACACCGGAAACCAUUGCCAGCUUUUAUCAGUACAUCAACGGUAGUGCCUCACGAGAACAUAGUGACCUAUGGCACCUGACACGAGAUUGGUUUGUUGAGCUCAAAUCCGGGUUCAAGUCAAUGUACACUAAUACAAUGCUUUGGACGCCCUCAGUUGCCCUUGGACACUUUUGUACAAUAAACACUACUACGGCGGUGAGUGUGGCGAAGGGCUAUAACUCGCGACUGCCUAUAAGUCAUUUGAUCAAGGACGCCGCCAUUGCCAAGAUACAUUUGGACUUGACACUGUCUGGCUUUGACUGGCUCAUAUGUUGGAACUGGUGCAUAUGCUAUACUGUCCUUGUGCACUUUCCAAGUUGGCCCACAAUGAGUGCACAGAAUUGCGUGAAUUUGUCCAAAUAUUGGGUCAGACGAGUGCACGCCUGUCCAAAACGGUCGGCGCUGAAAUUCAUGUGUCCACAAACACCACCCACACGGACAUCAGUGAGCCAGCACCUCAGCCCAAUUGGUAUGAAAUAUACUGGACUGGGAGGGGAGGGAAAG